UUCGCGAGCCUGCGUCAGUGAUUGAUUUCAAGGAUCUGUAUACGAUCUUGGAAACGCACUGGGAGCGGUCGGACUUGUUCUUCAAAAACGACCGUAUGCGUCUGCAGUUCCCUUUGGGGAUCUUGAUCCACGCCUAUACGGCGACUCGGCCAGGUGCUAUCCUGUACGGCCCAUCUCACGUGCCAGGUGAAGAACCGGAGCCGUGGUAUACGGAAUUCAACCUUACCGACCUGAAUCCUACCAUGAGGGAUCUAUUCUAUAUCGACGUCGAUCUCCAAUGGACUAAAGGAGUCAAGCGGCACGGUAACCGGAAAAUCUUCAUUCUUACAGAGAGCACUGUUCCAAUGUUAUGUCCCGUGUUCCAUAUCCUGGGUAUUGCAAUCAUCGAUGGCGCGCUGGAAGGAAUGAUAGACGAUGCAAGCUAUGACUUUUUAAAAAUAUUCGACAUGGUGGUCCCUUGCCGUUUCUGGUUUUGGGUAUCUCUUCCCUUACUCUGACUUCUUCAUCUUCUUUCUUUUCUCUAAACUCUCCCCAUCUACAACUUUUCGAAAGAAUUGCAAAACCUUCUCUCCGUCCGCGUUCCGUUCCC